AUGCGACUUCGAUAUCUCGCUUCCCUCUGCUACUUCCUGCCACAGGCACUAAGUCUAGACUAUUUUAAUGAUAUCGGCGAUCUUGCAAAAGAGCCCACUCUACUCACCGGCGAUAUCGGUGAACACCGCAUCGAGAUUGAUGGCGAGACUUAUGCGAAGUGGCAGCGGGUAGUGGAUAAUAACGAAUUAGUUGAGGUCUUUUUUUCAUUCUAUAGGGGUGCAGAAGAAGAAUGGGAGAGCUUGUUCUAUGGAAGUCCUGGGCAAGAGCCAUAUGAUUACCAUAUUCGAUCGACGUGCUAUACAGAGAAGGUGAACAGGGUAAAGGAGGCUAUCUUUGAUACUUACAAGAUGGUUAGUAAAGGGAGGGAUCCUCCUAUAGAAUUCCAGAACAAGGUCGUGGAAUGGGCGAAUACACUAUUUGAGAUCGUAAUCAGCACAUGGGAAAAUCCAUUUUAUAACGUCGCCACACUCGACCUGGGGAAUGUUCCUGCCGAAUAUUCUUACACUGUUGAUAUGCUCAACCGAGACUUCCCAGAGGAUUAUCGGGAUUCUGCUAAGUUUGAAGACGAACCCAUCGUCAGAACAACGGCCGAUCACCUACAUCUACUUUUCACGCCUCGCUUCAAAGGCCCUCGAUACCCGAAUAAUCGAUAUGGCUCUCACAUUCAGUCGAGGUCUGAGCAAAUCGAAAAGUAUCUUCUUAAUGCUGAAGAGGUUUCAGCAAAGCCAGGAGUAGAUAUACGAAAGCAUGAAUUCAAGUUCGUGGUCAGCAACCUUGAUGUUUCGCUUGAGCAUCAAUUGGUUACCGUCGUUGUCGACCCGAACAAAACGACACGAAUGUGGAAAACAUUCUUAAAAUUGAGGGAUCGGCUUUUAGAAAUACGGAAACAGGGGUUAGUGCAAGCCUGGGACAUCCGGCUUGCAAUGGGGAAAUAUGACUCAAGGGUUGCGGGUUGGAACAAAACUAUGGAGGAGCGGGAGAAGGUAGCAGAAGAGAGGGCUCGGAUUGCCGAAGAAAAGAAAGGGACGAGAAGCCGCUUUGCAAAUUUCUGGCACAGCUUUGAAGAUACUGGGCCUAGGGAAGCGCAACGAAUGACCUUCUUUCCGAAAAAGCAACAAACUCCUAUUUUCCAAAAGUGGCAGCUUCUGAAAGACCUCGUCCGACAGGUAACCCUUAUACCCGAACAUUUGAUAGAUGAUCUUGCCGUAAUGGCCGAAAUCCUGAGGGUUAUGGAGGUGCCUCAGCUUCCCCAAAUCGAAAAAUCGGCCCACCUUGGUAAAGAUCUAACGUUUAAUGCCAUCGAGGCACCGAAGCUAGAGGAGCAAGAUAAUGGAGAUCCUACAUUUCGGGAAUUCGAAGAGCGAGGUGGAUCAGGACUUGAGCCAACAGACCGCACGGACAGGGCAUUUGAGGAUUUAAUCAAUGCUAUACCAAUAUCUAUCGACUUAAGGGAGUCGGAUGGAGAUUUAGAGUCUCAGCAAGGGGUACAGUUAGUACGAGAAGGCUCAGACCCUACCAACGCGGAUCAAUUGAAAUUGCUCUCAACGGAUGUAAGUCCAUCAGCUCGCAGUUUGCUUCACCCGGGUUCUAGCCCGGGUACUCGAAACUACUCUCCUCCUCGACGGUCGAUAUUUUCCGGCACAGGCUCACGAUUUUCGGACGCUGUUAAUGAUGCUGGGAAAAAUAACUAG